AUUCCCUGCCAUCCUCAACCUGGCCAGCAACGCCCAUAUCUCCACCAACGCCACCUGCGGGGAACAGGGGCCGGAGAUGUUCUGCAAGUUGGUGGAGCAUGUCCCAGGACGGCCUCUGCGCAACGCCCAGUGCCGUGUCUGUGACCGCAACAGUGCUAAUCCCAAAGAGCAGCACCCAAUUUCUAGUGCGAUUGAUGGUACCAAUAAUUGGUGGCAAAGUCCCAGCAUUCAGAACGGGAGGCAGUACCACUGGGUCACCAUCACCUUGGAUCUCAGGCAGGUCUUUCAAGUUGCCUAUGUCAUCAUCAAAGCUGCUAAUGCUCCACGACCUGGAAACUGGAUUUUGGAACGCUCCAUCGAUGGCACAGAGUUCAGACCAUGGCAGUACUAUGCAAUUAGCGACACAGAAUGUUUAACUCGUUAUAAUAUUACCCCAAGAAUUGGGCCUCCUACGUACAAGAGAGACGAUGAAGUGAUCUGCACCUCCUACUAUUCCAGACUAGUUCCCCUGGAACAUGGAGAGAUUCACACGUCGCUGAUCAAUGGUAGGCCUAGCGCUGAUGAUCCUUCACAAAAACUUUUGGAGUUUACUUCUGCACGGUACAUCCGCUUACGACUGCAGCGUAUCAGAACCCUAAACGCUGACCUUAUGACUCUGAGCCAUCACGAUCCUAAAGAACUAGAUCCCAUUGUUACCAGAAGGUACUACUAUUCAAUAAAGGACAUCUCUGUUGGUGGCAUGUGUAUUUGUUAUGGCCAUGCUCGAAGCUGCCCGCUGGAUGAAAUCACAAAGAAAUUGCAGUGCCAGUGCGAACACAACACGUGUGGAGAGAGCUGUAAUAAGUGCUGCCCUGGGUACCAUCAGAAACCAUGGAGACCAGGAACCAUUUCUGCUGGGAACAAGUGUGAGAAGUGCAACUGUCAUAACAAAGCAGAAGAUUGCUAUUACAACCAGAGUAUUGCAGAUCAGAAAAGGAGCAUAAAUAUUCAUGGCCAGUAUAUAGGAGGUGGCGUCUGUCUAAACUGUACUCAACAUACUACUGGUAUCAACUGUGAAAUGUGUGCUGAUGGAUAUUUUAGACCACACAAAGUUUCUCCCUAUGAGGAUCACCCUUGCUACCCGUGCGGCUGUGACCCGUUUGGGUCUCUGAGUCCUCACUGCAUUAAAGAUGAGCACCAUUCUGACACGCAGCGCGGGACAUGGCCAGGUCAGUGUCAAUGCAGAGAAGGUUACGCAGGAGAAAAAUGUGAUCGUUGUGCGUUUGGAUAUCGGGGCUACCCUAACUGCCUGCGAUGUAACUGUAGCCUGAUUGGUAGCAUUAAUGAAGAUCCGUGCACAGAACCUUGUCUUUGCAAGGAAAACGUAGAAGGUGAAAACUGUGACCUCUGUAAACGAGGAUUCUACAAUUUGCAAGAAAGAAAUCCUCAGGGCUGCACAGAGUGUUUCUGCUUUGGCGUUUCUGAUGUCUGUGACAGCCUAACAUGGCCCAUCAGUCAGGCAUCAGAUAUGACGGGGUGGCUGGUUACUGAUCUGUAUGAGACAAAGAGUGUGCAGCCUCAGCGAGGCCAGUUUGAUGGACCCCAUCAAAUAAGUAUCAACAACACUGAGGCUGUGAAAGUACUGAAACACACUUACUACUGGUCAGCACCUGAGCCAUACCUGGGAAAUAAACUGACAGCUUUUGGUGGAGACUUGAAGUAUACGGUGUCUUACGACAUUCCGAUGGAGAGCGUGGACAGUGAUAUAGUAUCUAGCGUGGACGUCAUCAUUCAGGGCAAUGGGCAGACUUUGAGUACGAGAGCAGCAGGCUUGUCAUUGCAGCCAUAUGAGGAGUAUUCUAAUGCUGUGAGAUUUGUGUCGGAGAAUUUCAUAGACUUCAAUACAAAAAAAGCUGUGGACCGGGAAAGGUUGAUGACUGUUCUAGUAAACGUAACCCAUCUUCUGAUCAGGGCCAACUACAAUAUUGCCAAAAAAGCUGUGUACAGGCUGGACUCUGUGACCUUGGAUACUGCAAGUGCCAAUGUUAUAGACCUUUCUUCAGCACCAGAUGUGGAAUUCUGUGAAUGUCCUCAAGGUUACACAGGCAUAUCCUGUGAGUCCUGUCUCCCUGGGUACUACCGUGUGGAUGGAAUACUCUUUGGAGGUAUUUGUCAACCCUGCAAAUGCAACGGGCAUGCAACUGAAUGUGAUAUUCAUGGUGUUUGCUCUGCUUGUCAGCACAACACAACAGGACCUUUCUGUGAUCAGUGCUUGCCUGGCUUCUACGGACAUCCAUCUCAAGGAACUCCUGAGGACUGCCAGCCCUGUGCCUGCCCUCUGAGCUCUGCUGCAAACAAUUUCAGUCCUACUUGCCUGCUGAGUGAAGGAGGUGAAAUUAUCUGUGACAAAUGUCUUCCAGGCUAUACUGGUUCUCAAUGUGAAAGAUGUGCUAAUGGUUACUAUGGGAAUCCACUGGUGCCUGGGCAGUCGUGUGUUCCCUGUGAAUGCAAUGGCAAUGUGAACCCUGAAGAGGAUGGCCACUGUGAUACUGUCACAGGACAGUGCCUGAAGUGCGUGGGGAACACUGGGGGUCACCACUGUGAAAGGUGUGCUGAUGGGUAUUAUGGGGAUGCAGUGACUGAGAAAAGCUGUCGUGCCUGUGAGUGCCAUGUGAAUGGUUCCCUUUCCAGUACUUGUCAUCAUGAGACGGGCUUCUGUCAGUGCACGUCAAACGUUAUUGGGCAAAGAUGUGAUAAGUGCUUGAAUGGUUAUUAUGGCCUGCUUACUGGAGUUGGCUGUGUUUCCUGCAACUGCAGUCAAUUUGGCUCAAUCUCCAAGGAUUGCAAUGAUCAGGGGCAGUGCCACUGUGUACCGGGAGUGACUGGAGAAAAGUGUGAUCGCUGUGCUCAUGGCUUCCACGCGUUCCAGGACGGUGGCUGCACACCUUGUGACUGUGCUCAUACUCAGAACAACUGUAAUGCAGAUUCUGGUCAAUGCAUUUGCCCCCCUCACACUCAGGGACCAAAAUGCGAAUUUUGUGAGGAAAAUCACUGGGGACUCUAUCCUGAGCUUGGCUGCAAGGCUUGCAACUGUAGCAGCAUUGGUUCAGCCAGUCUCCAGUGUGAUGUGUUGACUGGUCAGUGCCCAUGCAAAGUUGAGUUUGGAGGACAAGACUGUUCCAGGUGUGCAGUAGGCUACAGGGACUAUCCAGACUGCGUUGCCUGUGACUGUGACUUGAGUGGAACCAAAACGGAGAUGUGUGAUAGUGCUGAAGGACUCUGUGGUUGCGAGGAAGAUACUGGCAUCUGUACCUGCAAGGAAAACGUAUUUGGGCUGCAGUGCAGUGAGUGCAAACCUGGAACUUUUGCUCUAUCGGCUAGCAACGCGCUGGGGUGUACUCCGUGCUUCUGUUCCGGGAUAUCCGCGUUUUGUUCGGAAGCAGAAGACCAUGUGAGAAUUCCUAUAACCCUAAGUCCAGAUCAGCCCAUUCUGCGUGUAGUAUCUCAAAGUAACCUGACUGGAACAGCGGAAGGUGUAUUUUUUCAAUUUCCUGAUGUUUUACUGGAUGCUGCCAUUGUUAGAAAACAUUUAAAUACAGAAACAUUUUACUGGAGGUUACCAGAGCAGUUUCAGGGAGACCAGCUCAUGGCCUAUGGAGGAAAGCUGAGAUACACUGUUGCAUUUUAUGCCUUGGAUGGCUUUGGAACCUCAAAUUUCGAGCCACAGAUUCUAAUCAAAGGGGGUCACACCAGUAAAUUGGUCAUUUAUGUAGACAUCCCUUCUCCAGAAAAUGGAGUCAGAAGUAAUGAGGAAGUAGAAAUGAAGGAGGAUUCUUGGAAAUAUUUUAACUCCGUGUCUGAGCAGCCUGUCUCACGCUCUGACUUCAUGUCUGUGCUAAGCAAUGUUGAAUACGUCCUUAUCAAGGCCGCCUAUGGCCAAGGAUUACAGCAAAGCAGAAUUGCAAACAUCUCAAUGGAAAUGGCAGUGCAGUUUGAAGAAAAGCAUCUAGGCAGAGCUAGAGCUCAUCUUAUAGAGCAAUGUAGAUGUCCUGUUGGUUAUGCUGGCUUCUCCUGUCAGAGCUGUGCUGCAGGAUACUACAGGGGGAAACAUACAGAACUCGGUGUGAAGGAGCACACUCUGAAAGCACCUUGCGUGCCGUGUCAGUGCAACAACCACAGUGAAACCUGUGAUGCGGAAACUGGAAAGUGCUUGGACUGCAGAGAUAACACAGUUGGUGAUUACUGCAGCGCUUGUGCCCCAGGCUACUAUGGGAAAGUAAUUGGAUCUGUCAACGACUGCUCUCUCUGUGCCUGUCCCAGAGCCAACCCUGUUAGUUUUAGUCCCACUUGUGUCCUGAAAGACGUUCACGAUUACCAUUGUGAUGCUUGUCUCCCAGGAUAUGAAGGACAGUACUGUGAAAGGUGCUCCCUGGGGUAUUACGGUGACCCUCAGGUCGCCCACGGCAGCUGCCAGCCGUGUCAGUGCAAUCCAGGCGGUUCUGUUCACGUUAACUGUGACCGUGCCAGCGGCCAGUGCCUCUGUAAGCCAGGUGUGACAGGGCGGCUCUGCGAGGAGUGUGAACCGAGACAUCUUCUGGUGGAAAACGAGUGUGUCUCUUGUGAUGACAACUGCACAGGUGUUUUGUUAAACAAUUUGGAUAAUCUCGACAAAGCAAUACUUUCAGUGAACCUCACUGGUGUUGUCCAUGUGCCCUAUGGGAUAUUGUCAGAGUUGGAGAAUGCCACGAAACGUCUGAAGGGGUCUAUAGUUCCUAGAGAAGAUCCGACUUACUCAUUAGCUACAUCAAAAGAAACUCUGUUGAGUUUAUCAGGAGGCCUUGAUCAGCUGCAUGAAGGGUCGGCUAGAAUUUUGAAAAAAGCUUGGCAACUUAACACAGUGACUCAGGAAACCAGGAAUAAAAGUCAAGAACUGACUGGAUUUAUUGACUCAGUGCAUACAACCAUCAAAGUACUUGCUGAAGUGGCUCUGUCGCUAAAUGAAACACUGGGUCUGGAUCUUCCGCUGUCAAUUGCUACGUCUCAGAGCCUGCAGGAUGAUAUCUCUGCCAUGCUGGAUACAAUGCGCAGGAAAGAUUUUGUUCAACAGCACCACAAUGCUACAAGCAUGCUAAAAGCUGCAGAGAGGUUGUUGCUCCAGGUUCAGAAAGAGUAUGUUAAACCCCAGCAGGAACUUACUGAGCUAGAAAAGGAUGCAGGCCAUUUCUUAUCAAAGCACAACAGCAGACUGCAAGAAGCCCAGGACCUGAUGAAUGAGGCGCUUGCUGACAUCAAUGAGACCAACCGCUUGUUUCCUCUUAUCUCUAGCAACCUGGGAGACUUAAAUGACAAAAAGCUCUAUAUAAAAGAAGGUAAAGAAGUCUCCACCUUGCUCAUUAAAGAAGGGAAAGUCCUAGUGAACGUUGCUGCUGCUCUUGCCAAAGAUGUAAAGAACUCUACAUCUAACCUGGAGGCUCACCAAGACGAGCUGGUCCUAUGGAGUACCAAACUGCGGCACCACGUUGACGAGCUGGUCAUGCAGAUGUCCAUGCGAGGAGUGCUGGACCUGGUGUACCGAGCCGAGGACCACGCCACCCAGUUCCAAAGGCUUGCCGAUACGCUAGGAAGUGGCCUCUCUAAAGUAAGAAAUGUGACUUUGAAUGCAACCGCUGCGGUCUACACCCACUCCAGUAUUAAAAGUGUGAUUGAAAGAACAGAGAUUUUGGCAGAUGAUGCUUCUAGAGUUGUGAAUGGCCCCUUGGACUUACCAGAGGAGUCUUUCGGUCUUCUUGGAAGAGAAGCUCUACUGCUUAGCUCCAAAUUUCUGAAUGAAGCUAAAAAUCUGAAGAAAAAAAGUGAUGGCCUUUUAUCUGGAUUGAAUGGAUUAAACAAAAGGGUAGAAAAGAUUCGGGAAAGUACUAAUAAAAUUGUCAACCAGCUUAAUGAUUCCCUGUUGACACUAAGAGCAUUGCCUAAUGAUACAAGGAAGUACAUGCUUGAGGUGAAAGAGCUGGCUGUGUCUGCAAACACCAGCGCUGUGGUGGGUUUAAGCCGCUACGGGGAUUUCAGUCAAAAGCUGCUGAAUACUACUUCUGCGUUGUCCCGAGUUAAUGACACGUUGAGGAAAACUAGUGAACUUAUAACUGAUUCGUCAAAAGCCGCAUCCGCAGCUGAAAAACAAGUUAAAGAGGUCGAAGCACAAGCCAGCCUUUUACUCGAUAGGCUGAAACCUCUGAAAAUGCUAGAAGAGAACCUGAGCAGAAAUCUCUCUGAAAUUAAAGAGCUCAUCAGCCAGGCCCGCAAGCAGGCAGCAUCUAUUAAAGUUGCAGUAUCAGCAGACAGAGACUGCAUUCGUGCCUACCAACCUCAGAUUUCAUCUACGAAUUACAACACCUUAACCCUCAAUGUGAAAACUUCUGAACCAGAUAACCUUCUUUUCUACCUGGGUAGCAAUGGAAAGAUGGACUUUCUUGCAGUGGAGAUGCGACGUGGUAAGGUAGCUCUUCUUUGGGAUUUGGGCUCUGGAUCAGCAAGAGUGGAAUAUCCUGAUUUUCCAAUUAACAACAACAAAUGGCACAGGGUACAUGCAACCAGGUUUGGAAAAACAGGUACCCUGAGUAUACAGGAAAUGAACUCCAAUCAGGAACCUUCAUCUAAAUCUGGAACCUCACCUGGGACAGCUAGCAUACUGGAUGUUAACAAAUCAACACUAAUGUUUAUCGGAGGACUUGGAGGGCAAAUCAAGAAGUCGCCUGCUGUUAAGGUGACCCAUUUUAAAGGGUGCAUGGGAGAGGCAUCGCUGAAUGGCAAAUCUAUCGGUCUUUGGAACUACUUGGAAAGAGAGGGCAAGUGCAAUGGAUGUUUUGGAAGCCCACAGGAUGAGGACACUUCAUUCCAUUUUGAUGGCAGCGGAUACUCAAUUGUGGAGAAGGCACUACGCUCAACAGUGACUCAAAUAAUACUGUUUUUCAGCACCUUCUCACCUAAUGGGCUCCUGCUGUAUCUUGCUUCAAAUGGCACUAGAGAUUACUUGUCACUUGAACUUGUGGAUGGCAAAGUGAGACUGACUGUUGAUCUAGGUUCAGGACCCCUUGCUCUUACAACAGAAAAUCGUUACAACAACGGAACAUGGUAUAAAAUUUCAUUCAGUCGGAACAAGAAACAAGGAAUUUUGGCAGUCAUGGAUGCGUACAACCUUAAUUACAAAGAAACCAAGCAAGGAGAAUCUCCUGGAGUUGCCUCAGACCUGAACCUUUUUUCUGAUAAGGACCCAAUUUUUAUUGGCGGACUGCCAAGAUCAAGGGCCGUGAGGAAAGGUCUUAAUAGCAGAAUAUAUGUGGGAUGCAUCAAGAAUCUGGAAAUAUCCCGUUCAACGUUUGACUUGCUUAGAAAUUCAUAUGGUGUAAGAAAAGGCUGUGUACUGGAGCCUAUUCGAAGUGUGAACAUCUUGAACAAUGGAUAUAUUGAGUUGGCACCUAAGUCCCUAAGUCCAGAAUCAGAACUGAUGGUGACUUUCGCUACAAAGAACAGGAGCGGUAUCAUCUUAGCUGGACUCAGCAGGGGGCUGGAGAAGCGACGACGCAGACAAGCACACUUGCCCUUCUUUUCCAUCAUGCUGAUUGAUGGUCAUCUUGCAGUGCAUGUUAAUGCUGGAGAUAGAGCAAGUACUAGAAAAGUGAUUCUUCAGUCGGCUAAUGGAACAUACGGUGAUGGACAAGAACACUCUGUCAUCCUAAUCCGAAAUAAGAGGAUCAUAACAGUACAGGUGGAUGAAGGUAACCCUGCAGAGCUGAAGCUUGGUUCAUCAGCAGAAAUGAGCCCCCUGAAUAUUUCCAACUUCUACGCUGGUGGCAUUCCAGCAGGAGAGGGCAUCUUAGGGCUAAAAAUGGCUGGUUCCUUUCAUGGCUGUAUCAGCAAUCUCAUUUUUAACAAAGAGCUUUUGGAUUUCACCGCUUCCAUGAAGUAUGAGCAUGUGGAUAUGGACAGCUGCUUUCUGUCAGGGAAGCCUAAGCCAGCCAUACAGCCAGAAGACAUUGAGAUUCAACCUGAACUUCAGGCUUUGCCGGUUCCCCUGAGGCCUCUUCCAGAUACAAAAAAAGUAGUUUGUGCAAAAGAUGAGAUACCUAGUCAUGUUCAAGGUGCCCAUCAGUUUGGACUUGCCAAAGGCAGCCACUUAACACUGCUCUUCAAUCAGUCUACUGUAAGAAAGAAACUUUCAGUCCAGCUGAAUCUCAGAACCUUUGCCUCCAGUGGGCUGAUUUACUACAUGGCUCACCAGAACCAGGUUGACUAUGCAGCCCUACAGCUUCACGGGGGACAGCUCUAUUUCUCAUUUGAUUUAGGCAAAGGAAAAGCAGUAGCUUUUCAUCCUGCUGUUAUCAGUGAUGGAAAAUGGCAUACGGUAAAGACAGAAUACAUUAAAAGAAAAGGUAUGAUCAUUGUGGAUGGAAAGGAAUUAGUAGCAGUCAGUGCUCUGGGCGAUGGUAGUACUUUGGAUGUGGAGGGAAAGCUCUACGUAGGAGGACUCCCCCUGGACUAUGUGGCAAAGAAUCUUGGGAAUGUAAGAAGGUUGACUCAUAGCAUCCCUGCCUGCAUUGGCAGCAUGACAAUUAACAGCAAGCAACUGGACAAGGAGAGCCCUGUCUCCAUCUUUGCUGUGAAUAAAUGCUAUGGGACAGUGCAGGAAGGCACUUUCUUUGAUGGGAGUGGCUUUGCUGCUCUUGUCAAAGAAGGUUACAAAGUGCGGUCUGAUGUGAAUAUCACACUUGAGUUUCGUACCACUGUGGCGCAUGGCGUUCUCCUUGGGAUCAGCAGUGCUAAAGUCGAUGCCGUGGGACUGGAGGUUGUAAAUGGCAAGGUUUUAUUCCAUGUUAACAAUGGAGCUGGCAGAAUAACAGCCAUAUACGAACCACAAGUUGCAAAUAGCUUGUGUGAUGGAAAAUGGCACAAGCUUCAGGCAAACAAAAGCAAACAUCGUAUUGCGCUGAUAAUUGAUGGGAAUUUGGUUCAAACUGAUAAUCCCUACAUCCAGUCAACAUCUGCAGAUACAAACAACCCCAUUUAUGUUGGAGGCUAUCCUGCUGAUGUGAAGCAAAACUGUCUGACAAGCAAGAGCUCGUUCCACGGCUGCUUGAGGAACCUCAUACUGACCAAGGGCCAGCAGGCAGAGUUGUUUGACUUCAGCAGAGCUUUUGACCUGCGUGGAGUCUUUCCUCAUUCCUGCCCUGGGGCUGAGCACUGAACUGCAGCAAAGCCUUUCUGGAUUGAGAGAGAAUUUUUUGUUGAUCUGUUAUUUUUCACUCUCAUUUGUUAAUGAAAAGAAGUUUUUGGUGAGGGCUUGCAUCUCUUUGAUUUUUCUGGUUGU